GUUAUUAUUUGCUCCAUGGCUCAAUCCGGGUCAGACUGUUCUUCAGGAACAUAGGUGGAUGUUAAAACAGGGAAUCUGUUGAAAAGAUUGCGGAGAAACUGCUCCCCUAAAGCAAUUUUGGAUGGCAAUUUGAUGGCAGUCAGCUAUGGUUGACAUGAUGAAAGAAGCAUUAGAAAAACUUCAGCUCAAUAUAGUAGAAAUGAAAGAUGAAAAUGCAACCUUAGAUGGUGGAGAUGUCUUAUUCACAGGCAGAGAAUUUUUUGUGGGCCUUUCCAAAAGGACAAAUCAACGAGGUGCUGAAAUCUUGGCUGAUACUUUUAAGGACUAUGCUGUCUCCACAGUCCCUGUGGCCGACUCUUUGCAUUUGAAGAGCUUCUGCAGCAUGGCUGGGCCUAACCUGAUCGCAAUUGGGUCUAGUGAACCUGCCCAGAAGGCCCUCAAGAUCAUGCAACAGAUGAGUGACCACCGCUAUGACAAACUCACCGUACCUGAUGACACAGCAGCAAACUGUAUAUACCUAAACAUCCCCAGCAAAGGUCACGUCUUACUGCAUCGAACCCUAGAAGAGUAUCCAGAAAGUGCAAAGGUUUAUGAGAAACUGAAGGACCAUAUGCUGAUCCCUGUAAGCAAUUCUGAACUGGAAAAGGUGGACGGGCUGCUCACCUGCUGCUCAGUUUUCAUUAACAAGAAGAUAGACUCCUGAGCUGCAGAGUCCUCCCCCUGGCAGCCGGCAAGAUGGCACAGGCGAGGCCGAUGACUCUGUCCCCUUCCCAUUGUUUUCCUUGACAAUCUACUGUGCCACUGUGCUACUAACUCUUGUUUACAAAAAUUGAAUUCUAAGUUUAAUUGCUUCAUUCUGCACCCCCUCUCCCUCCCUCACUCCCUCCCCCCACGGUGGUACCUAAGCUGUGGAUUUGCUAAAUGAAUUAAGCAAUCUAGAAAAUAUAGAAACUAAUGAAUUAUUGAAAUGUGAUUAAUAAUAGUACGGAAACACUUGUUUUGGUGUCUGUAUCCUCGGUGUGAAAAUUGCUUAGUUGCCAAUAUAUUCCGAAGAAUGUCUUCUUGAUCAGUCAGAUAAGCUUGGUUUUCUUUUUUUCUCUAUAUCAUGAAUCAUGUUUGAUUCUUGUGAAAUUCCCUGAUCCGGGGAAUCUCCCCUUUUCUCUCAUUUUUAUUCCGAACUCUGAAAGCGUUUUACCUAGUUACUUUCUUGUAUCUUCCCCACUUCUAUCCAGCCACCUUGACCUUGGGUAAAAAUCCAAGGUCUUGCCUUCCAGAUACCUUCCUGUAGGUCCAGCCUCUCUGCCACUGGUCUCCUCUGCCCCAGACUACACCUGUCACUACCAGCCCUCCCCUUAACCCCCACCAGGGGCAGAAUCGUGACAAAAUCAGAGCUGCUGUUUGGGGAAGUGUGAACCACACAGAGGCACAUCCUGACGGGCUUUGCCCCAGAGAUCUAAAUUCCAGAAGAAGUAGGGCACCACACCUUGGAAGGCAAAUUUAGCGCCGGUAGCGCCGGAAGGUUGCUAAGAGAUCACAGAUCAAGAAGCUUGGAAACACCCCAUGGGUACAAUGUCUUAGAAAGUCUUGAAGUCACAUUCCAUGAAUUCUUGCUUCAUUGCUGGCCAUAUAUGACCUUGGAGGACCUUUUUUUUUUAAUCCUUUGGUUCUUUUAUAUUUCCUCUUUUCUGACUCACCCUAUUUCCUAUGUAUCCUGGUCUAGCAAAGUCAAUUCUUUCAAAAGAGGCAUUGGAUCUAAAAACAAUUACUGGUAGUCUGGUGUGAACGAGAGGGAACAGCUCCUUAUGGUCAAGGAUCAAGUUCAGGAAGUGUUCGACUUGAUGCUUGAAACCAACCGUAGACAAUGGACAAUUCUACCGUGAAAUAUCCAUGAAUAUUCACUGUGGAAUUUAGUGAAAAAUUCUCUCUUCUCUAGCCUUCAAAUUACACAACUUCCAACUGGUAUAGGUCUCUUACAAAGAACAAUGCCACACCGAAGGAAGAGAGAGUUCUUUUACCUAACCCCGGAAGAGUCUGUCUAUGAGCAGGCCAGGAAGACGGUACUUUCCAAGGAAUGGUGGCUGUUGUAGGCCUGUCAUCAGCUUCCUAGUCAUCCUCACCUUUCCUGCAUUGCCUGUGGCUUGUUGUUUAAGAUUAGGAAUCUGGGACAUUAAGGAAUUUAGCUUCAGGUCUUGCUCUAAUCAUCUUUAUAUUUACAGUCAAACAUUUUGUAUGUUGGUGACCAAGAGAGAAUUGCUUUAUUCAUUCCCCCCGCCCAGACAUGGAAGUGAGGAAGCUCUGAGAAAAUCAAGGCCUCUUUAACCACCAUCUGUCUUUCUCAUUUAUUGGACAGUUUUAUACCAGAAAUUUGAAAAAGUUCCUUCUCCUCCUUCUCUUCCUGGUUGCUUAACUUUCAAACAUCUAUCACAUGCAAAUAUCUAAUCACGCGCAUGCCAUGAAUGAACCACGUCUUGGUCACUGUCAUAUUUCGAACCACCUCACCGUGGAUGAAUCAAAUCUCCUUGCCAGAGAGAGAAUGAGUGUUAGCCACAUGCUCAGGUUAACAAAGACAAAUUGUUCUUGGCAGCCAUGGCUGCCCUUUUGGAUUAAAUCUGGCCCUGCGCUGACAAAAGCAGAAAUUCCCCCUGUGAGAGCUCAACAUCUCAAAAACAACCAGAGGGGAAAUGGCCCAAUCAGCCGGUUUAGGUUUCCUGGCAUAUGCUUUUUAAUAUCUUUACUUUUAACAUCCCAAAUCAAAGAACUGUUCUCUGUUAUGUUUAGUCUACUGCAAAUGGAUAGAUUUUUUUCUUUGUAAUAAUUGGUCCUGCACAAGCCUGUUGUUAACAUUCCCUUUCCUUUGCUUCUUUCUAUCUUUUCUUCUCUUUGUCUUGAGAAAUCACUUCGAUUCUGAUUCCAUGUGCCUCUUCUGCAUUUUAUUCUGCACUGCUCCUUUACCUACCAGGCUGGCUCCUUUGAACUCCCUAUGUGAUAGGAUGGUGUGAAAACCCAAAUUACAUGCAGCAUGGUAGUAUCACCUCUUUGAUGUUCUCAUUAGCAUAAUAUUAUCUUUGAAAAGGAAAGCUACCUUUCCGUAGGCCUGUCUCUUGUCCAUUGUGACUUAUAAGGAUAGAUAAACUAACAGAAGCUGCUUUUUGACAUUAUAAAGGCAUGAGGAAUUCUAUUUUAAGCAAGUCAAAGUUAAGUAAGCCAGAAUUAUUGCUUGACAUGAUUCACUUUAAUGAAAGGAUGAUAUAGAGAAAAUACAUUAUUUAGCUUUAUUUCUUCAACUAGAAUGAACUGCUAUAGAAGCCAGCAGGCAGAUCUUGCGAAUGUGUAUUGGUUGUUCUUUUAAGCUACUGUGAACAGAUUACUAAGGUCAUCUCUUCAUCUCCAAGGAGGGAAAAUAGUCUGUAGAUGAAUAAUGUGAGAUAAAGAGUUGCAUGUUAGUCUCUGUAAUUAUUUACUCUUUAACAUUCUACAGAACUCAGACAUGAUUUCAACAUGGUGUUAGAUGUAUGCGUUUUAUUUUCCUGACCACCUCGUUCCAGCCAAUGUAUAGUUCUCUGCUGUGUGUGCCAAAACCAGUCAUGCCUUUCGCGGCCUUUUAGUCCAGAGGAGUUCUGCACAGAUUUUUAGUCUCUUGCUGUCCCAAGCCUCUAUGUACGCCAAUCAUGAUGGAAUAAAGUUUGAGUUGUACUGUG